AUGCAUCGUUACGUGAUUGCGUUGGUCUUGGCGUGUAUGUUGGCAGUUGUCAGCGCGCAACAAUUUGAUCUACCAGCCUCCGAAGAUGCGUAUCUAGUGGAAAGUGUAAGUUUUGCGUGGGAAAAAAUUAGGAAAUCUUGUUUUUCUCCGGGUUUUUUGUUGUAUAGAUUAUUUUUUUUGGUUUUUUGAGCGAAAAUAUUAUAUCUUUCCUCUAUACAAAUUCGAAUAAAAAAAAUAAUUUGUGGGAGAGAAAAAUAGGUGUUUUCUUAUUUUCAGUUAGACAAAAGAUCACCGAAUGCGAAGUGGAUGAGAUUUGGAAAACGAUCGCCAAAUGCUAAGUGGAUGAGGUGAGAAACGGGGGACUAGGAAUACAGAUUCGGGUUUCUAGGCCAGCCAGGAAAUUUUCAGCGUGAAAUUUGAGCCCGGGAGAUGUUUAUCGCAUUGCUUGGGGGCCUGGUGGCCUAGAAAACCAAAAUUGAGAUUUCUAGGCUAGCCAGCAAUAUUCAGCAAAAAAUGUUUGAGCCUAGCUAAAGGAAUCGGUGGCCUAGAAAACCAAAAUUGAGAUUUCUAGGCCAUCCAGGAAUUUUUAGCGUGAAAUUUGAAGCCUAGAAAGUGUAGCUAAAGGGAUCAGGUGGCCUAGAAAACCAAAAUUGAGAUUUCUAGGCCAGCCGGGAAUUUUUAGCGUUAAAUUUGAGUUCUGGAUGUGUUUUUAGCUCAGCCAAAGGGAUCCGUGGCCUAGAAAUCCAAGAUUUGAGAUUUCUAGGCCAACCAGGAAUUUUCAGCGUGAAAUUUGAGCAUAGAAAGGGUUUUCAGGCUAGCUAAAGUAAUCGGUGGCCUAGAAAACCAAAAUUGCGAUUUCUAGGCCAUCCAGGCAUUUUUUUAGCGUAAAAUUUGAGCCUAGAAAGUGUUUUUAGCCUAGCCAGAGGGAUCGGUGGCCUAGAAAUCCAAUAUUGGGAUUUCUAGGCCAUACAGGAAUGUUUUAGCGUUAAAUUUUAGCCUAGAAAGUGUAGCUAAAGGGACCCGUGACCUAGAAAUCCAAAAUUGAGAUUUCUAGGCCAUCCAGAAAUUUUUCGCGUUAGAUUUGACCCUAGAAAGUGUAGCUAAAGCGAUCGGUGGCCUAGAAAACCAAAAUUGAGAUUUCUAGGAACCAGAUGGCCUAGAAAACCAAGCCCGGAUUUCUAGGCCACGCUUUUUCAUACUGAAAAUCUUCCAGAUUCGGAAAACGAUCACCAAACGCAAAAUGGAUGAGAUUCGGAAAACGUUCAGCUCCAGAAGACGAAGAAUACAGUAUCUAA